CUUAUCUACAACCGAACCAAAUAUACCCGUCAGUUCUUAUAAACUUUACCUGAACAGAGGCCAAUAUCUUGUUACCUUAGCCAUUUAUUGAUACCCCCCGGAAUACCUUUAUUUUUGCUGUCUACAAUAAUUGCCUUCCUCAAUAACUUAUAUACUGCUUUGCCAUGUCCGAAACCCCCCAGCCAAAGAACAAUACGUCACCGAGAUCGAACCGAUCCUCGAAGAAGUCCUCUCCGGCACCGGACACCAACGGUAAACAGUCCAAGACUGCUAUACAAAGAAGCAAUAAGGUAGCCGUGAGUACAAGAGAGAAGGUGGUGAGUGGUCAAACUUCAUCUCCCAAGGAGAAGGCCCCCGGGUCUCAAUCUUCCAAAAAGACGUCAAGAUCCUCCAAGGAUAGAGCCGCCAAGAGCAGCCAGAAAGAUUCGUCCGCUAACCCCCCAAAAGCAUACAAGGCCCAAGAGCAGACUUUGCCAGAUGGGAGCGCUCCUAACUUUGGAGGCUCAGGCGCCACAACAAAGCCUAAACGUAUGUCGACUAACCCUAAUGUCAUCUCUGAUGCCGUCUUGCUUAACAGCGAGAAACCAAACGUCGCUAGCACGACCAAGAAGGAGUUGAAGAACCGCGCCACCUUUCCUAAGAACCAGGGCGGAAACAGUCCAAAGAGAGUUGAGACCCAGUUAUUGCCAAACGGCCAGAAGGUUGAUUUCGGAAACAACGGUCCUUCUGAGAAGAUUCUGGCAAAGUCCAAGGGAAAUUCUAAACCCCUGGUGGCCGUUGCUGUUGAAGACAUGGGGAAGUAUGCCGGGUCAUCCUUCCACGUGUCUCCUGCAGCCCUUGAUUUACCGAAGCCCUCGUUUAAGAAGGUUUCCGGUAGCGACGCCAGCCCCGUUGCCGCUCUUUUAUCCAGCGGGAACGCUCCACAAAACCUCCCACAUUCAGUACACCCUGGGGUAGUCUCUUCCCCAAUGGCGUACGCCAACAUGCCAUUACAUAUGCACCCGGCCUAUGCCAAUUACACUCCUUACGCACCACCUCCAAUGAUGCCUGUCCAGGCUUACCCGGUGGUUCCUCCGUACGGUUACCAGCACUUUGCGCCAGUGCCACCGCAUUCUCCGUAUCAGAACAUCCCGCACGCGCAGCAUCCUACGGGCCAAAAAAUGUCCUUUAACGAUCUUAUUGCUAGUUCGAGUAACAGCAGACACUAAACCGGCAAAUUGGUCAAGUCCAAACCUGCAGCAUAGACCUGCAGUCUACAAAAUGAUAUCAUGACAUUCUGUUUUUCCACAUCAUAUGUUUGAUGGAAUUUUCUUUGUUUUUAUUACAUUUUAUUGGUUGUGUGAUAUCCUUUGGUGUUUUUUCCUUUUACUUAUGGGACGCUUUUUUCAUGACUUUUUGUUCUCUACUGUGAACUUGUUCUGUUUCUGUUCUACCACUUGCGAUUUUCAGAUUUGAUCG